CUGCAUCUGCCACACUCACUACAAGACCUGGAAUCAAGAGCAGGACUCCAACCCACAAAAUGACAGAAGAUAAGGUCACCAGGACCUUGGUUUUUACUGUCUUCACUGCCGUGCUGGGUUCCUUCCAGUUUGGAUAUGACAUUGGCGUGAUCAAUGCACCUCAACAGGUAAUAAUAACCCAUUAUAGACAUGUUUUGGGUGUUCCGCUUGAUGACCGAAAAGCUAUCAACAGCUAUGCUAUCAACACUACAGAGGAACUACCCACAAGCCCAUUCCUAAGGGUCCCAACACCAACCCCUUGGGCUGAGGAAGAGCCUGUGGCAUCUGCCAGCCUCAUCACCAUGUUCUGGUCCCUGUCUGUGUCCAGCUUUCCAGUUGGUGGAAUGAUUGCCUCAUUCUUUGGUGGGUUGCUUGGGGACCAGCUUGGAAGAAUCAAAGCCAUGUUGGUAGCAAACAUUCUCUCAUUAGUUGGAGCUCUCUUGAUGGGGUUUUCGAAAUUGGGACCAUCUCACAUUCUUAUAAUUUCAGGAAGAGGCAUAUCAGGACUCUACUGUGGGUUAAUUUCAGGCUUGGUUCCAAUGUACAUUGGUGAAAUUGCUCCAACCACGCUCAGGGGUGCUAUUGGUGCCCUUCAUCAGCUGGCCAUUGUCACAGGCAUUCUUAUUAGUCAGAUCGUUGGCCUCGACUUUAUCCUGGGCAAUCAUGAGCUGUGGCACAUCCUGCUUGGUCUGUCUGCUGUGCCAGCUGUUUUGCAAUCUUUGCUGCUCUUCUUCUGUCCAGAAAGCCCCAGAUACCUUUACAUCAAGUUGGAUGAGGAAGCCAAAGCAAAGAAAAGCUUGAAAAGACUCAGAGGAUGUGAUGAUGUCACCAAAGACAUCACUGAGAUGAGAAAAGAAAGGGAAGAAGCAUCAAGUGAAAAGAAAGUCUCCAUAAUUCAGCUCUUCACCAAUUCCAGCUACCAACAGCCUAUUCUAGUGGCAUUGAUGCUGCACAUGGCUCAGCAAUUUUCUGGAAUCAAUGGGAUAUUUUACUACUCAACCAGCAUUUUUCAGACAGCUGGAAUCAGCCAACCUGUUUAUGCAACCAUUGGAGUUGGUGCUGUCAACACAGUUUUCACUGCUCUCUCCGUAUUCCUUGUGGAGAAGGCAGGGCGCCGCUCUCUGUUUUUAAUCGGAAUGAGUGGGAUGUUUGUUUGUGCCAUCUUCAUGUCGGUGGGACUUGUGCUACUGAAUAAAUUGGCUUGGAUGAGUUACAUGAGCAUGACAGCCAUCUUCCUCUUUGUCAGUUUUUUUGAAAUUGGACCAGGCCCCAUCCCCUGGUUCAUGGUGGCUGAGUUUUUCAGUCAAGGACCACGCCCUGCUGCUUUAGCAAUAGCUGCGUUCAGCAACUGGACCUGCAAUUUCAUUAUAGCUCUGUGUUUCCAGUACAUUGCGGACUUCUGUGGACCUUAUGUGUUUUUCCUCUUUGCUGGUAUAGUCCUGGCCUUUACUCUGUUUACAUUUUUCAAAGUUCCAGAAACCAAAGGAAAGUCCUUUGAGGAAAUCGCAGCAGAGUUCCAAAAGAAGAGUGCUUCAGCCAAAGCACCAAAAGCUGCUGUAGAAAUGGAAUUCCUUGGAGCUACAGAGACUGUGUAAAGAUAACCUGCUUUUUGACAGGUACAGAAACAGGAAAGAAGCGGUGUUUUUUAAAUGACAAUUUUUUUGAGAAUUUUAUAUCUACAUCUUGAAGUACUGUUUUAUUUUUUAAA